GGUUAUCAACUAUAACAAAAGUACGAUGUCUAACGUUGCGAAAAGAAUUUUCCAAAUGUCGAUCGCAGGAUUAAAGUCGAUUUUAUAGAGUCGAAAUUAAAGAGUGUGAAUUACGCGAUAUUAUCAGCACGGGUGCUAAGAAUAAUAUUCUUAUUAGACUCGAACAAAGCAUUUUAGAUGACAGGUAUGACCCACAAACUCUGCAAUUGCCUGUUUCGACGACGCACCCGUACAAUUCGGCAGGUACUCCGCCUAGGACCAACAAUCACCGAACGGGUGUUCCCGACUAUUCGGUAGUUGAAUCCGGGGACGGAUACAUUGACGACGAAGUUCGGAAUAUUUGUUUUAAUAACGACCAGUGUGACAGACUGUCAGGCGCGGCCAAUAAUUGCGGUUCGAACAACAGUUCGCGGGUAAAUUCGCGGCUAUCGAAUCGUAAUGCACCACCGCUAAACAAACAUUUUUCCGACACGACACAGCAAUUGGUAGACUUAGGUCACCAAGUUGGAAACGUCGGUGCUCACGUUUGGCGGGAAGUAGAACUAUUUAGUAUCGAAAACCGCCUUGAGCCAAUCGAAACCGCACUAGUCGACAUUAAGAACUCUGUGAGGAGUCUCAAUGCGCGACAAGACGUGAUCGAAAAUCGGCUGAAAAGCCACGGCUGUUGUGGGGCAAUCGGGCAAAUCGUGAUUCGUCGAAUUUAGCCGAACUUAAUAGUCACAUAGCGGAGAUUGAACUCGACAUACGGGAAACAGCUACGGUGCCGCGGCGGUUGUCCGCCGCUCAGCCAAGGCCGUCGGUGGCGUGGGUAGAACACGAUUCCGUAUGGUCCUUAUCAGCGUACGGAAUCGUGCACAUUUCAAGACACACGAUUCCGUACGUUUUGUAGCCAAGAGUUUAAUGAAAUGUUUUCAGAUUUCCAUGUGGUAUUAGUCUAUUUGACUUAGGCCGGGGCUAGACACGUCGUUUUCUGCCGCGUUUCGUACGCUGCGUAUUCCGCGCCGUUUUCCGUCGAAUUGAAAGUUUAUAUCGGAGUAGCUAAUAGUUAUACACGACGGACGUUAUACGCCGUGUUGUAAUCCGCGGCGGAAAACGCCGUCUAUAGCCCCGGCCUUAAUUAGUGCGUUUUACAUACGUUUCGCUUAUACUUAACUGCCUCAACUAUAAGUAAGGGUCCAAACACACGAUUAUAUUUUGCCCUGUUCCAGCGAAAAACGGCAUUGUCAAUUUACCACAAUCUAACUCAACGUAUAAAAAAUCGGACUGUAAAUCCGGUCGUGUGUUUAGUAACAUUUAUAUACUUGACGUACAAAAGUGAUAUACACCUACCAGAUAAAUUUUUAUUGUACAUCAUAGGUAUAUAAGUGUUUAUCAAGUAUUGUAUAAUUAUUAUUUUACAAUUUAACAAUUUUAGAUUCUAAACAGAGUGAUGAAUGUAUUGAUUUUACAAUGAUCUAUGUUUUUUUUUUUGUUUGUUUUUGUAUCUGUGUACAGCAUAACUAGUCGAAAUAAUGCUUCGAUUUCAAACUUCGGGGGUGGUUUCCGAUGGAAAAAUGAAUAUCCUUGGUGAAUUAUAGAGGAACUUUGUAAAAAUCGUUAUUGUAAUGUGGGCCUGCAACACAGCUUUAGGAGCACCAGGGCCCUCUUUUAUGCGAGUAGACCCGUGGGAAGUGACUCAAAAGUAUUGUGGACAAUUACUCAAGGCAUCUAUAAAAAUCGUUUGCAAAGGAAGGUCACAAAAAGUUACUUUGGCAGAAUUUGAAAAACAGGAAAGCAACAGAUUUUUAAUAAACGCGUGCUGUACAAAAGAAUGCAACUUAAAAUUUAUUCAAGCACAUUGUCCUGAUCAACGAACAAAAUCACAUAACGUCAAUUCAUCGACUAUACCAGCAGAAACUCCUACUCCAGUUCCAGUACAUACAAUUAUGAGUACAACAACUACCACUACUUCUACAACAACGUCAACAACCACUCGACCACCACCAACAAAACCAACAACAUCACCAAUACCAGCAACACAAGAAAGUCAUGGACUAUGGUACUAUGUACUAUUUCCGUUACACAAUCCAUUUUAUUCUAAUUUUUACUUACCAUAAUCAACUUUUAAACUGUUAUUUUAUAAUAUUGUAAUUAUAACAAUAAUUAUACUUUUUCUUUGU